GGACAGGUACUUUUUUCCCCCCUGUCCAUUUCCGCAUUAUCCUUGUUUCCUGAAAUUGCUGACUCGGGUUGAAUUCUGGUGCCACUCAUGCUAUGCUUAGCCUCGUUGUUGAAGGGCCGUGCAAAACGACUUCUUAAAAAUUCAGAUUCUUCUGUAUUUCUAUCAUCACUCCCAACUGUCAACACACAAUUGUGUAACUGUCUAAACAAUGGAAGCUGUGAAAAUGAAAUCUGCAUUUGUUCAGAUGAAUGGAAAGGAGAUCAUUGUGAGAUUGCAAAUUUCUGUGAGAAAAGUGAAUAUAAUUCCUCUGAGGGACUGCUUACAUUCAAUCAAAUUUUAGUAGGACAAUAUGGCUAUUCAAAGGAAGAAUGUGGGCCUAACACUUUAAAUGCAAAUAUUUCAAAAGCAACACGACUAUGUACUGAGAAGGAUGGAAUCAUCACUCUGCAAAAUGUCAUAUUAACAGAUUGCAAUGAAAAUUUGAAUCACCUGACAGAGAAGGUAAUGAAACAUAUUACAGAAGAAGAACUGCUGAAAAUAGCAACUGCUGCUCAGAUUCUGACCUCAGAACCCCAUGAAUUGACUCAAGAGAACAUCAGCUUUGCUGCUCAAAUUGUGCAGCGUGUUCUGAAUCAGUCAGAUAUAUUGGAUUCAUUUGAGGCUGCUUUCAUGGCAAUCACCACAAUCAGUCAACUUCUCAAUGCCAAUGAAGUAUCAUUUGAUCCUACAAAUAAUAUCUUUAACAUUACUCAGAGUGUAACAGAAAUUUUGGGAGACAUCCUCACAGAUUUAGAAAUUGAUUUUGACCAGGUGGUCCAACCAAAUCUUGCUGUAUCAUCCAUUAUAUUAGAGAGUGGCAUGACGCAUGGAAUUAUGCUUUCCAUAUUAAAAGGUUUUGACGAUACCUUAGUGUCAAAACGAAUUGAACUAAACACCAAUGCCUCAAAGUUAUUACUGAACACAAAUGCAGAAGUUCAAAUAUUUGUCAACGUUUCAACAAAUCAUACUCAAGAUGGAAAAUUAGGAUUUAUUCUAUAUCAAAAUGACAAGUUCUUUAAGUCCAAAAUCCACCAUAGUAUUAACAACCAGAGUCGUCAAGUUAUUUCAGGAAACAUUGCAGAAGGAACCUUGAAUGGGGUUGAACUACUAUUUAAUCCAAAGUACAAUUCUACAGAGUAUUUUAUUCAUGACCACGCCUGUGUGUUUUGGGACUAUGACGUGGAUGAUUGGAAUACAGCAGGCUGUUCAAAGAGCACAGAUGAAUUUGGGCAUCUAAGAUGCCAGUGCAACCACACUACUAAUUUUGCAGUGUUGAUGUGCUUCAGACGGAAUUAUACCUACACUAAACCACUAGACAUUGUCUCAUAUGUUGGAUGUGGGUUUUCAAUAGCCGGUUUAUCCAUCACUAUUGCAUUUCAAAUUAUCACCAGGCAAGCACGCAAGGCAUCACUCACCUGGGUGACUGUGAGUCUCUGUACAUCAAUGCUUAUGGCUAAUUUGAUCUUCGUCUUUGGGAUAAACAAUCCCAAUGCUCUGAAUGAAAAAAGUGCUGCAAACACUACAGAAAACAUCAUUUUACCUUCUGAUCAGUCUGACCCACCAGAGGUGUACUUGUGCACUGCUGCUGCAGCCAUCCUGCAUUAUUUUUUAAUGGCUACAUUCACCUGGUCAGCACUGUAUGGUGCACAGAUGUAUGUUCUUCUGGUUCAUGUGUUCAAGCCAUUACCAAGGCACUUCUUAAUAUGGAUUUCAGUGGUUGGAUGGGGUUUUCCAGCAGUUAUUGUUGUAAUAACAUUAGCAACUACAUACAAGGCAGAUAAUGCACUAAAUUAUCGGCAGGAGGAGUUCUGCUGGCUUGCUGGUUUGGACCUGCAUGGGAACCUGGAUCUAUCAAAACCAAUGCUGUGGGGCUUCCUUAUUCCAGUUGGAAUAUUGCUAAUAUUUAAUUUUGUCAUGUUUGUUUUAGUCACAAGACUGGUGCUGUUCAAAGACCAUGGUACUUGCAGUGCUAAAGAGGCAACUUCAGCAAAGAAGAUGAUGGGAUCCUUGUCAGUUGCCACUGUGUUGUGCUUAACUUGGAGUAUGGGCUAUUUGACGCUUAUUAAGCAUGAUGAAGUGCAAAUUAUCUUGAGCUAUAUCUUCUGUGCAUUGAAUGCUACUCAGGGUCUACAGAUAUUCAUCCUGUUCACUGCUCGGCAGAGAGUAUUUCAAAAAAUCUAUGCUUCCUGGGAUUCCAGAUUUCCUGUGAACAACAGUAUUGCCCAUUCAAGAAGAUUUUCAUUUCAAAGUUUUAGCACUCCAGGAAAUGAAGGAAGAUACACACAAUAUGACACAGUAAACUUCUCAGAAACUACAAGUGCUGUACCUUCCAUUCUAUAUUAGAGCACAGACUGUCAUUUUUGAUCAGCAUUUCUUUAUUAUUCCUCACUAAUUCCUGUCUUGUCUUCCUGAUGCCUUCUUCACCUGAAAUGAUGGUGACAGUAAUGAAAAAAAUUGUUGUAUGUUCAUUUAUAAAACUCAACUGUAAUAUUCCAUCGGGUGAAAGUAAUGUGGUUGUUAACUUCUAAUUAAUUUCAAGCCAAAACAUUGUUACCGGAACAUUGGA